AUGACUGUUUCUAUCUCCUAUCUCUGUGGCGUUAUUUACCCGAUUGCCGGAGGCUAUCUCCCGCGCAAUGCCCGGGCUUCCACUGUGGUCAAGGCUUUCCUCAGUCGUUGGCUUGCCAUCAUUGGCGCUCUCUUCACAAUUAUGACUGAUCGAGGUGCCCAAUUUGACUGUACUUGCGUUCGAACUACAGCCUAUCACCUGACUGCCAACUGGAUGGUCGAGUGGUUUCACCGCCAGUUGAAGGUCUGUAUACGCGCCGCGGCCGAUAGACAGAACUGGAUGGACGAUCUUCCCCUGGUCUUGUUGGGUAUCCGCUCCUUCCUCAAUGUUGACCUUGAUUGCUCCACUGCUGGACUGGUGCUCGACGCUAACCUUUGA